AUGGAAUCUACCAUCGAAAAAAACGAUUUGAUAGCUCAGAAAGAACUCUAUCUCGUCAAAGAACCCUUGCCGACAUUCCCUAUAAAUGGUUUCAGCGAACGAACGAUAGCUGUCGAAGUUUUGAAAAACUAUGCUACUGCCAAUAAUUUUUCUCUGGUAGUGAAGGAGAGUAAACCGACUAUGGUUCACCUAAAGUGUUCCAAAGGAGGCUCAUACAAAAACAAACAUAAAGUUGAAGACACAAAGCGCAAAAGAAAAAAGAAUUCUUCACUGAUUGGGUGUCCAUAUCUUCUGAAGCUUUCUUUUAAGAAAAAGGUUCAAGGCUAUCUUCCUCUCAAGCAAUGUCAUCUGGAGGAGGCGUAUCAUAACCACCCGUUGUCACCCACACCUUCAACAAUACCUUUGAAGCCAAGGCUGCCCGAAGCAUCGGUUGAGAAAAAUGUUGUCGAAAAAAGCCCUAAUAGAGCCAUUCUAGAGACACCAAACCCCCAGAAGAAUAACACAAUUGAAAACGAUGAUGCUCACAAGCCAAAGAUACAGAGUGGACGGGUAUUAAGAAGUCACAGUCGUCGUAUUCCGUCCAAAUCUUCUACCAAAAUGCCUAUAGGACUCUAA